AGAAAAGAUACAGGUUAGAGCAAAGCACGGUGCACAAGAGACUCGCUCCCUGGCCACGCCCACUUCCUGCUCCAUCCCGGGCCUUUCCAGGACCCUCUGCCUGUGAACCGGAUGCUCUGUCAGUCUCCUCCUCCGCGUCCUCGGCCGCCACCGGGUUCCUAGCGAAGCCACUGUUACCCCCUGUGGACCUAGUCAAGGUGUUCCGACGGAGGGCCUGGCAGGUGUGGGACGCCGGUAGGAGCUGGGCGCGCACGGUUACCGCGCGUGGAGGAGACACUGCCCUGCGGCGAUGGGGGCCAGGGGCGCUCCUUCACGCCGGAGGCAAGCGGGACGGCGGCUGUGGUACUUGCCCACCGGGAGCUUUCCCUUCCUCCUCCUCCUGCUCCUCCUCUGCAUCCAGCUCGGGGGAGGACAGAAGAAGAAGGAGAAUCUUUUAGCAGAAAAAGUAGAGCAGCUGAUGGAAUGGAGUUCCAGGCGCUCAAUCUUCCGAAUGAAUGGUGAUAAAUUCCGGAAAUUUAUAAAGGCACCACCUCGAAACUACUCUAUGAUUGUUAUGUUCACUGCUCUUCAGCCUCAGCGCCAGUGUUCUGUGUGCAGGCAAGCUAAUGAAGAAUAUCAAAUACUGGCUAACUCCUGGCGCUAUUCAUCUGCUUUUUGUAACAAACUUUUCUUCAGUAUGGUGGACUAUGAUGAGGGUACAGAUGUUUUUCAACAGCUCAAUAUGAAUUCUGCUCCUACAUUCAUGCAUUUUCCUCCAAAAGGCAGACCCAAAAGAGCUGAUACCUUUGACCUUCAAAGAAUCGGAUUUGCAGCUGAACAACUAGCAAAAUGGAUUGCUGACAGAACAGAUGUUCAUAUUCGGGUUUUCAGACCACCCAACUACUCUGGCACUAUUGCUUUGGCUCUCUUAGUGUCACUUGUUGGUGGUUUACUCUACUUACGAAGGAAUAACCUGGAAUUCAUCUAUAACAAGACUGGUUGGGCCAUGGUGUCUCUGUGUAUAGUCUUUGCUAUGACUUCUGGCCAGAUGUGGAAUCACAUCCGUGGACCUCCUUAUGCUCAUAAGAACCCUCAUAAUGGACAGGUGAGCUACAUUCAUGGAAGCAGCCAGGCUCAGUUCGUGGCAGAGUCUCAUAUUAUUCUGGUAUUGAAUGCUGCUAUUACCAUGGGAAUGGUCCUUCUAAAUGAAGCUGCAACUUCCAAAGGAGAUGUUGGGAAAAGACGCAUCAUUUGCCUAGUGGGAUUAGGCCUGGUGGUCUUCUUCUUCAGUUUCCUGCUUUCAAUAUUUCGUUCCAAGUACCAUGGAUAUCCUUAUAGUGACCUGGACUUUGAGUGAGAAGAUGUGAUUUGGACCAUGGCACUUAAUAACUCUAUAACCUCAGCUUUUUAAUUAAAUGAAGCCAAGUGGGAUAUGCGUAAAGUGAAUGUUUACCAUGAAGAGAAACUGUUCCUGCCAUUGUACGAUUUUGAAUUCCUGAGUUCUUUUCUUUGUUGAUUGUGAUAAGCUAGUUUAUUCUUGUAUAAUAUUUUUAAAUGUGGAUUUUGCUAGUAAAUUUAAUUUAUAUAAAUGUAUGGUAAAUUUUAAUAAUCUACAAAGGAAGUAUAGAAGUGCUUUCAAAUAUUCAGUGUACGUCACAGGAU